AUGUUGGCUCUUCGUCGAACUUCGAUUCACCUCAGCUUAAGAAACCAAGCGCUUAGUAAUAAUGUCGGAACGUCUCGUGUCAAAUUAAUGCUGAACACUUUGGUGGAACAUGAGGAUGCCGUUCCUGAUUCUCAUCAAAUGAUACAUGCUAGAUUUCUGUCAAAGGGCCACUCAUUUUACCGCACAGGUAAUGCUUUCCAGCAAUUUACUGUGAGCAGGCGUGAACUUUCGUCACAAGCUGAUGCUAGUAGCACGAAAGAUGACAAUGAUGAUGAUGACAUGGAGAUUGAGGAUCAGUUGAUUGAGUUGGAUGCAGAUGGAGAUAGCGUUGAUUCUGAGACAGACCUGUUGGAUGGUGACGAGGAUGGCGGGAAACCACGAGAUGAGCUGGAGUUUUCGGAUACUGAGAGUGAUCCAGCUGAGAAAAAAUCACAGAGUGGAAAGAGUCGGUCUGAACUAUCCAAGGCUGUUGUAAACGCUUCGAGUUUAUCCGUUGAAUCUGCUGUAGACAAGUGGGUUGCAAAAGGUAAGGAAUUAAGCAGAAAAGAGAUCUCGUCGACCUUGCUUAAUCUUCGAAAGCGUAAAAUGUUUGGAAAGGCUUUGCAGGUCUUGGAUUGGCUAGAGUCAAACAAAAAGCUUGAAUUUACUGAUAGAGAGUACGCUUCUAAACUUGAUCUGAUUGCCAAAUUGCGUGGCCUACCAAAUGCUGAAAAGUACAUGGAGCAUGUUCCAAAAUCUUUCAAAGGAGAGUUACUUUACAGAACAUUACUAGCUAACUGUGCAAGUUUGAACAAUUUGAAGAAAACUGAGGAAAUAUUUAACAAAAUGAGGGAGUUAGAUUUUCCUAUUACACCAUUUGCUUGUAACCAGUUGCUUCUAAUUUAUAAGAGGACUGACAAGAAGAAAAUAGCCGAUGUGUUACUUAUGAUGGAAAAGGAGAACGUCAAACCUUCUCCUUUUACUUAUAAAAUUUUAAUAGACGUGAAGGGUCUGUCAAAUGAUAUUGAUGGAAUGGAUCAAAUUGUUGAAACAAUGAAAGCGGAAGGUGUUGAACUAGACCAUCAAACACAGGCAACCUUGGCUAGGCAUUAUGCCUCAGCCGGGCUUACAGAGAAAACUGAAGCUAUAUUGAAGGGGAUUGAAGGUGAAAACUUGAAAGAGAAUAUGUGGGUAUGCCCAACUUUGCUCCGCCUUUAUGCAAUUCUGGGGCGGGCUGAUGAAGUCGAGAGAAUCUGGAAGGUUUGUGAGUCAAAGCCUCGGGUUGAGGAUUGCCUUGCUGCAGUUGAAGCUUGGGGAAGGUUGAAGAAAAUUGAAGAAGCAGAAGCAGUUUUUGAGAUGAUGUCAAAUAAAUGGAAACUUAGCGCCAAGAAUUACUCAGUACUUCUGAAAAUUUAUACAAGGAAUAAUAUGCUAAUCAAGGGUAAGGAUCUUAUUAAGAAAAUGGGAGAUAGUGGGUGUGUUAUAGGUCCAAUGACCUGGGAUGCACUUGUGUCACUUUAUGUUCAAGCCGGGGAAGUCGAAAAGGCAGAUUCUGUUUUGCAGAAGGCACUACAGCAGAAAAGGAUGAGGCCAUUGUUUACUACUUAUAUGACUGUUAUGGAGCAGUAUGCAAAGAGGGGUGACGUCCAUAAUGCAGAGAAGAUUUUCCAUCGAAUGAGACAAGCUGGUUAUAUUUCUAGAAUAACUCCGUUCAAUUCUCUAGCACAGGCUUAUAAAAACGCCAAACUUCCGGCAUAUGGGAUCAGGGAGAGGAUGAAAGCUGAUAACAUAUUUCCCAACAGAGCUUUAUCUGACCAAUUGGCUCAAAUUGAUCCAUUUAGGAAAACUCCAGUUUCCGAUUUGCUUGAUUGA